UUUCCAUUUCUUGAAGAUGUCGGUGUGUAUACGCUGAUAUUCUCCAGACUAGGAAAUACAAGGUAAUUUCAAACAGUACUUGCACUCAGCAGCAUAACUGGCACAGUGUAGGAAAAUGAAACUGCGUCAUGUAAAUCGAGCAGGGUGAAGUCAACUGAGGGUACGUGCACGAGAUGGAAGGAGAAGGCCGGACUGUAAUUGUGCGCGGUGUGCCGGUGGGCUUUGAGGAGAGAAGGCUGAUGGACAAGCUGUGCAUCCACUUCCUAAGGAAAAAGAACGGAGGAGGGGAGAUCACCUCCAUCACUCUCCCCAAGUCUAUGCCUGGCUGUGCCCUCAUCACCUUUGAGGAAACUGAAGUGGCUCAGAGAGUGGUCCAACGGGAGAAGCAUGAUUUAUCGGUGGAUGGCAAGGUGUUUGAACUCACUGUGAGGUUGUUCCACACAGAGGUGGACCCUGAUGAGGUCUUCCUGAGCUUAACAGUGGUAAUAGACUAUAGUCGACUACCCCUGGGAAAGGUGGCAGUGUCCAGCCUGCGCCAGAGCUUUCCUGAUGUGCGCUUCAGCUUCAGCACAGAAGAAGAGCUCUGCACCCUGAAAGGCCGCUACUCUGAAGUCCAGACCCUCAUCACUCAUCUGCUGAAUCUGAUUGACCCACGGGCCUCUACAGUCAGCCACUUGCUAAGACCUGAGGACAUUGUUGGUGCGCCCUCACCCAGCGGAAAGAAGAGCUCUGCUGGUGGGUCAGUAUAUCACACCAGGGGCUGUGAGAGGCAGGUGAGGACUAGGCAUGCAAGGCAGGAUUUUGGCCAGGAACUAGGGAGUUUAGGUCUGGACAUAAGCAACACUGAGAGAGAUCACCCUGCUGACCAGACACUGGAGAGUUAUGAAGGAGUGGAGGAGAAAGCAGGCAUCCUGUUGGAUGAGGCUCCAUUGGAGGACUUUUCCUUGGUCAUGGACUCAGACAUUUUUCGCUACCUGCAGCAGCACUGUAGAGAAGAGUAUCAGCACAUCCUGAGUCAGCAUGGGGUGGAGGUGGUGGAUGUCUGCACCCAGGAUGUCACCACUGUUUACCUGCAGACAGAAGCUGGGGCUGCUGGUCGGGGGGUGGAGCGCGUAAAGCAAGUACAUGGGGAACUUGGAAGGCUAUAUCAGGAGAUGGAGGCCCAGCUGAGGAAGGAGCAGCUGCCCAAGGAGGGUAUCCAAAGGGAAUCUCUCAAACAGGCCUUUGAGGCACUGCAGCAGCGAUUGCCUAAGAUAAUGCUAAGUGAUGACAAGUCACACAUCUACAUUGUGGGAAGCAGAGGUGAUGUCUCAGAGGCUAAGCAGUUCCUCUUGGACAUGAAGGGGGCAGAGGGAGGAUCCAGGGUGUGGGGAGCUGACCAUACUACAUCCUUGAUGGAACAGGACAGGGACACACUAUUUCUCCCCUCAACUUCUACUUCUGUCUCUACAGCCCCCAUUUUAGAUGGAAGAGAAAUGGAUAAGAUACUCAAACCCCACAAAACAGAGAGAACAGAGGUGGGCAAGGAGUAUAAGCUGGCUGCUAGGUUCAAGGAAGUAAUGAGUAAGACCUCAAGAGAUGGUGUGCCAGGAUUAACCUUUGGUGACACAAAAGCUUCUGAUGAUACACUGAAGGACUUCUCCUCUAGGCAGAUGUUGGACAGCGGGCACAGGUUUGGCACUGGAGCAGUGGUGGGGACAGGGAGUGCUGGAAUUGGAACUGAGGGAUUCAGUCUGAGGAGCUAUGAAAGACUAAACCAGACUGGAAAGGACAUCCUCUUCAGCAAAACUGGUUCUCAUAGCACCACCAGCAUGGAAAGCAAGUCCCACUCGAGCUUGUUGCCUACAAGCAAUGUGCUGCCUAGUAAAACUAUGCAGCUUACCAACAUGCAAAGUACUGUACACCACAUGGACUUGUUUGGAAACAAAGGGACCCAGACUCCUGUGAUUCCUCCAUCGGGGCUGGGAACUCAGCACAAGCUGAAACGGGCUAACAGCUUCUCUGGGCGGAUCAGGCCCACACAGGAUUUGAAGGAGAGUGGCACUCAUUGGGACAUUCAACAGAAGACUAACAGAGUUGGAACCAGCAGCCUCAGCAACAGCACAGCUAACACCCAGGAAGUUUACAGUGUGGAGGUGCCUGUUUCUACAGUUGUCUGGCACUACAUAAAGGAAUGCUGCAGGACUCAGCUGGAGGACAUAACAACUGAUCUGCAGGUGAAGGAGAUCAUGGAAGGAAUCGAUCUGACUCUCCAGCUAAAGGGGCCGGAUGUGGCAAGAGUUACUGCCUGCCAGCAAGAGCUUCGGAAGCUGGUUAACAUGGUCACCUUAGACUUUGACGCACAGGAAGUGCCUCUGACAAAGCUGGGAGUGACUGACCCCAAUGAUCCGACCCUGGAGGAGACUUGCAUGGAGCUGAGGAACAAGUUUGAGAAAGUAAAGAUCUGGCCAAUAACAAGAAGUGUCUUUGUCAUGGGGCCGAAAGAUCUAUGCAGACAGGUGGUUUCGGGCCUAAUGGAGGCCUUCUGCAGUGGGAUGGAAAGAAUGAAGGAGAUGGAGGAGCAAAUGGAGGCCCUGUCUUUGACCUCUCCAUUCACUCAGAAUCAGAUAUUCAUACCCCAGACGCUGACAGAAUAUGUGAAGGACCAGGAUUCUGUCCCUAGAAGCUUCUACAUACCAAAUGAAGGCUUAAUUGAAACCAUCAGCUUUAUCCCAGCAGAUAGCCUCAAAUAUAGCAGAAACAAACCAAUAGAAGGUGAACAGGGUCUUAACACCAGAGGGAAAGACAACUUCCAGUCUAAAGGCUCUAAUCAAAUGGAAAAGAAGCAUGAGUCAGAGAAUGGGAAAGACAGAGGGAGCCCAUUAGCACUGCAGAAAGAGCCUGUCUUGAAGCUCAAGCAGGGGAUGGACUGGACCAUGAACAGAGAGAGCCUCAGAUCGAAUGCAGCCCUGACUCAACCAACAUGGGCAGGCAAUAGAGUUCUGGGACCAAAAGACAGUGGGUCAAUAUCCUUGCCAUCCAGUACUCAAAAAGCAGUGCUGCCUAAUAAAGAGAGCAACCCGAAACACUGCAGUGUUAAUAUGCAAAGGGGACACUCCCCCACAGGCCCAGAGGGUCUAAAGAGUGUGGAGAGACAUGAACCCAAACACCAGGGACAGAAGCUGGAACAGAAAAACGAACAGAAUGAGACCCAGGGGCACCAAGGUAUGUCUUGUGAGUGUGGGGCCAGCGGCAGCUCCAUAACAAGAAUGCCCUGCGGGGUAACUCUCUGCCCACAGUGCCUGGUGCGUGUCCAUCCCCACUGUGCAGUCUGCCCCAAAGCUGACAUCAGGGGCAUAAAAGGCACCAUGAGCUUCACAGAGAUGUCAGUCACACUGGCUGGGCACAUUAAGGAUAUGACCCUGAAGAUCACCUACAACAUUCCUGAUGGCAUUCAGGGGGAAGGCCACCCGAACCCUGGGGAUCCUUUCCGAGGGGGUGUGUUUGAGGCCUACCUGCCGCUCAACGAGCAGACAAAGAGACUGUUGCCACUGCUAAAGAAAGCAUUCAAUCAAGGCCUGACCUUCACUGUGGCACCAGGUGAAAAGGGAGGAAGAGUGACCUGGGGCAACAUCCCACACAAGACCAGGGUGGACAGAGGGAAAUCUGGGAAUGGUUACCCAGACUCCAGCUACAUUAGCCGUUUGACUGAAGCACUAAAGUCCCUCAGCACUGAAGAAGAUGCAGCUAUUGCGAAAUCCCAGUACACCACAAACAACUGACAUCAACUGCAGUCACAUUUACUUUGCAACACAAUGCUAAGCACUUUUAAUAAAAUAUACAAUUACAUAACUUAAAUGGUAUUACAGUAGGGACAGUAUUACAUUGGUCAUUUUACUCCAUAGAACUGUCUUUUUACUAUUCCAUAUUCUUAGAUUUAUACACUGAUACACUAUGAUUUUUUCAGUUGAUCUUCUGUUCUUUUGAAUGAAGGCAAUAGACAACCAUGCACUGUACUGGAUGUAAUUGAUUUGGUUAACAUGGAUUCAAACAUUCUCAUCAAAUGAGUUACGUAACAUAAAGGUUAUAAAAAUGAUCAUUCUCUAAUACCACACAUAAACUGAGUAUCCCCAUAAUGUUUAGUGCACUUGUCCAUAGUGUAGACCUUGAUAAGUGAGGUAUAUUCUGCAACUGAGGGUCUUUUGAGGGUGUGAAAUAGGAAGGUGGAAGGAUUUCAAGUAUAUCAAUGGUAGUGGGAGAAGUACUUUUCUCUUCAUCAGGUAUCUCUGUCGUGAAUUAUUCACAAAUGUAAGCUGUGCUGAAUACAAUCAAAUGUCUAAACACUGGAAAUCUGGGAUGGAAAUGGUCCUCUGGCUUGGAAAUGGAAAUGGUCCUCUGGCCCUGAUGCUUUACUAUAGGAACAAGUUAGACUAAUCUAGUGACAUUGACCUUACAUAAAACUGAUAGUUAUUUCAAAUAUGGGUAACUUAUUUAGGCUUAAUUUUGCCCAUAGCAGUAAUACAUCUCAGUACCUUCUGCACAAAAUCUGAGAUACAGUAUAUCUGGUACAUCUGUCAAACAAAAGGUUUGUUGUGUUCUCUGUUUAUAUUACAUACAGCAAAAACAAAUAUGUGCCAUUUUGCCACUACUUUUUCUAAA